UAAGUGGUAGUACGAGUUAGAGAGAGAAAGAAGAGAGAGAAUAGGGACAGAGUUGUCAUUUUCGAAGACCUACCUUUUUCCUUGUAUAUAUAAGCAGAGUGUGGAUGACAUUGAUGGGGUUUUCCCAAAGAUUGAAAAUUACAUAUUUAUUAAUUUAUAUUUCGUUUUGCAAUUCUCUCAACCUCUUCGUCUCAACUGGACUCUCUCUCUUUCUCUCUCUUCUUUCAAGCCCUCCCCCAAGAAAAGCAGGGAGUGGACCAGCGGUGGUUGUACGGUUUCCGGCGUUCCUCCGGUAGAUAUUUUCUGAGUCAUCAUUAUGGUAAGAAAGAGGAGAACUGAUCAUCCUGGUGGGGGUGAGAGCUCUGAACCUCAGGAAUCUGGUGGUGGUAGUGCUGGUGGUCGUGGCUCUCAACGCCCUGCUGAAAGGAGUGGUGCUCAAAUGCAGCAUGGUGGUGGUAGUGGUGGAGGGUACCAAGGUGGUAGGGGUUGGGCCCCACAGGGAGGCCGUGGAGGCUAUGGCGGUGGUGGUGGCGGACGUGGACGUGGACAGCCUCAACAGCAACAGUAUGGUGGGCCUCAAGAGUAUCAAGGAAGGGGAAGGGGCGGGCCACCCCAUCAGGGUGGUCGUGGAGGGUAUGGACGUGGCCCUGGUGGUAUGGGCGGUCACCGUGGGGGAGGACCUACAGGUGGACCGUCCAGGUCACAAGAUCCCGAGCUGCACCAAGCAACCCCACCACAAUAUCGAGCUGGGGUCUAUCAUCAGCCUCUUUCGUCAGAGGUGAGUUCUUCCUCUGUGCCACCCGAGCCUUCACAAUUGGCACAGCAGAUUGAGCAGAUUGACCUACAGAAAGAUGCUCCUACUGGCCAAGAAAUACAAGCUGCGCCACCCUCAAGUAAGUCAAUGAGGUUUCCUCUUCGCCCAGGCAAGGGUAGCUCUGGCAUAAGAUGCAUUGUCAAGGCAAAUCACUUCUUUGCGGAACUCCCAGAUAAGGAUUUGCACCAGUAUGACGUCACAAUUACACCUGAGGUUACUUCACGAGGUGUCAAUCGCGCUGUUAUGGCACAGUUGGUGAGAUUGUACAAGGAAUCUCAUCUUGGAAGGCGGCUCCCUGCCUAUGAUGGACGAAAGAGUCUAUAUACUGCUGGACCGCUUCCUUUUGUUUCUAAGGAUUUUAAAAUAACUCUUAUUGAUGAGGAUGAUGGAACUGGUGCACAAAGGAGAGAGAGGGAGUUCAAAGUUGUUAUCAAAUUGGCUGCACGGGCUGACCUGCACCAUUUAGGACUUUUUUUGCAGGGAAGACAAGCUGAUGCACCACAGGAAGCACUUCAAGUCCUUGAUAUUGUUCUGCGUGAGUUGCCUACAACUAGGUAUUGUCCUGUGGGUCGAUCAUUUUAUUCUCCUGAUCUUGGUAGAAGACAGCCACUUGGUGAGGGUUUGGAAAGUUGGCGUGGAUUCUAUCAGAGUAUUCGCCCUACUCAGAUGGGGCUUUCUCUUAAUAUUGACAUGUCCUCCACUGCAUUCAUCGAGCCAUUGCCUGUAAUUGAGUUUGUAACUCAGCUUCUUAAUCGGGAUGUUUCUGCCCGACCGCUAUCUGAUUCUGAUCGUGUGAAGAUUAAAAAAGCUUUGCGUGGAGUCAAGGUUGAAGUUACCCAUCGUGGAAAUAUGCGUAGAAAGUAUCGUAUUUCUGGUUUGACAUCACAAGCAACAGGAGAGUUAACUUUCCCAGUGGAUGAUAGAGGCACUAUGAAAUCUGUUGUUGAGUAUUUCUACGAAACUUAUGGUUUCGUUAUUCAGCAUACUCAAUGGCCUUGUCUACAAGUAGGGAACCAGCAGAGGCCUAAUUAUCUACCCAUGGAGGUUUGUAAAAUUGUGGAGGGUCAGCGAUACUCUAAGAGGUUGAAUGAGAAGCAGAUUACUGCUUUGCUAAAGGUUACCUGUCAGCGUCCCUAUGAUAGGGAGAAAGAUAUUUUGCAGACUGUAGAACAUAAUGCUUAUGGCAAUGAUCCUUAUGCUAAGGAGUUUGGAAUCAAAAUCAGUGAGAGGCUUGCUCAGGUUGAGGCUCGCAUUCUACCUGCUCCCUGGCUUAAAUAUCAUGAUACAGGUAGAGAAAAGGAUUGCCUUCCUCAAGUUGGACAAUGGAAUAUGAUGAACAAGAAAAUGGUCAAUGGUGGUACGGUGAGCAAUUGGAUGUGCAUAAACUUUUCUCGAAAUGUUCAAGAAGCUGUUGCUCGGGGCUUCUGUUAUGAACUUGCUCAGAUGUGUUUUAUUUCUGGAAUGGCAUUUAAUCCAGAACCAGUACUCCCACCUGUUAAUGGUCGUCCUGAUCAGGUUGAAAAGGUCCUGAAAACUCGCUACCAUGAUGCUAUGAGUCGUCUUCAACCUCAAGGGAAGGAGCUGGAUCUGCUUAUUGUUAUUUUACCAGAUAAUAAUGGCUCUUUAUAUGGUGAUUUGAAACGAAUCUGUGAGACAGAUCUUGGCCUUGUAUCUCAGUGCUGUUUGACCAAGCAUGUCUUCAGAAUGAGUAAGCAGUAUCUGGCAAAUGUGGCCUUGAAAAUAAAUGUCAAGGUUGGAGGAAGGAAUACUGUUUUGGUUGAUGCCAUAUCAAGGCGUAUUCCUUUAGUCAGUGACCGUCCCACUAUAAUUUUUGGUGCUGAUGUUACUCAUCCUCAUCCUGGAGAGGAUUCAAGCCCUUCCAUUGCAGCUGUUGUGGCUUCUCAAGAUUGGCCUGAAGUUACGAAGUAUGCUGGUUUGGUUUGUGCUCAAGCCCAUCGACAGGAGCUCAUCCAAGAUCUGUUUAAAACAUGGCAGGAUCCUGUCAGGGGAACAGUUACGGGUGGCAUGAUCAAGGAACUUCUCAUUUCGUUCCGUAGGGCAACUGGACAAAAGCCUCAGCGUAUUAUAUUCUACAGGGAUGGUGUCAGUGAGGGUCAGUUCUAUCAAGUUUUACUUUAUGAACUUGAUGCCAUUCGCAGGGCUUGCGCUUCACUAGAACCAAACUACCAGCCUCCUGUGACUUUUGUUGUUGUUCAGAAGCGUCAUCAUACUAGGCUGUUUGCCAACAAUCAUCAUGACCGGAACGCUGUUGACAAAAGUGGAAAUAUAUUGCCAGGUACUGUUGUGGACUCCAAAAUCUGUCAUCCAACGGAGUUUGAUUUCUAUCUCUGCAGUCAUGCUGGAAUACAGGGUACUAGCCGGCCUGCACAUUAUCAUGUUCUGUGGGAUGAAAACGAGUUCACUGCUGAUGGGUUGCAAUCUUUAACCAAUAAUCUUUGCUACACGUAUGCAAGAUGCACCCGAUCUGUUUCAAUAGUUCCUCCUGCGUACUAUGCCCAUCUUGCUGCUUUCCGAGCUCGGUUCUACAUGGAGCCAGAGACUUCGGACAGUGGAUCAAUGACCAGUGGCGCUGCUGCUGGCCGUGGAGGAAUGGGUCCAGGUGCAGGUGGACGUAGCACAAGAGCCCCCGGCGUAAAUGCUGCAGUGAGACCCUUGCCUGCCCUGAAGGACAAUGUCAAGAAAGUGAUGUUCUACUGUUGAUGCUUCUCCAAAUUUUAUCUUUGUUCUAUCCCAACCUACAAUUAGUUUCUUACCUUAGUAAUGUGAGAGAGAUCUGGUAUUUUUCUUUUCUAAAAAGGAUUGCCACUUUUACUGCAACUUGUCUUGUACGGAUGUUAAACUGAGUUUAGCUAUUCUACGACACUGUUUAACGUUUGGUCAAAACUAGAAAAGUUGGAUUCAAUGUUUGGUGGCGGUCCACCAAAAGGUCGUACCUGUGUUGUUCAGGUGGAGGCCCCCCUUUGAAAUCUUGUUGCAUGAGUUUUCUUGUU